UUUAAUACAUAACCAGCAAGAUGGAAGCAAAUACUGCAUGGUUUGGUUCAAUUUUGCUUUUGUUGUCGGUGUUCGCAAUGCUUGCUUCUGCUUCGGCAGAUAGUGGUUAUGGAAAGUCGCAGCUUGAGGGAUAUGUGCCACCGAAGACUACUACACCAAAAGAGCAUGUCGCCUAUGAAAAACCCAAUCCUAAGAUACCUACAAAGCCGGUGAAUCCAAAAGGGGAAUAUGUAUCCUACAAGAAGAUUGAUCCUAAGUUACCGUCAAAACCGAUGAUACCAACACACGAAAAGCCAUUGGUACCCAAGGUGCCAAAGCACCCGAAGAACAUUGCAGUGCAAGGUCUUAUUUAUUGCAUAAAUGGUUCCAAACUUAUCCCACUCAAAGGAGCGACAACAAAAGUGACUUGUUUGGCCGUGCAUAAGAGCGGAUACGGAUCGACAUCAUUUUCAUUCUCAAGUUGCCCAACAGAUGAAAAGGGUUAUUUCUUAGCCAAGAUACAAUCAUCAAAGGCACUAAAAGACGAUGCAUGGAAGAUAACCGAAUGCAAAGCUUUCCUCGAAAAAUCACCAUGGGCCAGUUGCAAGGUUCCCGAAGAUACCAACGGAGGACUUACUGGUGCUCGUCUUACAUUUUCUCGUCAUCUCAACCGCGACGGAUAUUGUUUGUCUUCGGUAGGCCCUUUUAUAUACAACCCUGGUCAUGCAUCUUCACCCGGCGAGGGUUACUAGUAUCAUCAAAACACCAUUUUGUUAUUCAUACCAACGCAAUUCGUUUUUUGUUUAUUACUAAUUUUUUCAUCGUUUUGUUGUUUGUUUUGUGAUGAGUUCACAUUAACAUCAUUGGAUCAUUACAAGUGCACGUUUAUUUGUUAUUGUUUAAAGCUAGUUGAUAAAUUAUUAAUAUAUUUCAUGUUGCUUAUUCUA